AUGUUUACAUAUAUAAAGGCAAGUCAGCGAAAUAGGCUAACACAAUCACUUUUUACAACUACGUUUGGCAUUUGUUUUUUGCUAGUGGGCGCCAAUUCAGUUAUACCAUGUCCGGUGGAUAGUCGCUAUGAUAGUGAAACCAACGAAAGGCUACAGAAACAAGAGGAACUUGUAAAUAGGUCGAAAUAA